GGAAUCGACUCCGAGAAGAGCGAUCAUCCGGCAGUGGUCGAGGAAGAUGUGACAACUCUUCCCUCUCUCACUUUGUCGGAGGUCAUACGAUUGCGUUACUUGUUGGGCUUACCGGCACUGGUGCUGCCAUCUUUUCGUUGGUUCAUGUUCGCCAUUCGUCACACGAAAGAUUUGGCCUCCCUUGUCGUCUUGGAUUGUGCUGAUCCCGAGCGAAAUUUCAUUCGCCUCGGGUCGGUAUCCACAUGGUUUCCUGGCAUGCGCGGACAGAACAAACAGGCCCUAUCAGUAAAUGCUGCAGGUGACUCGAAUCAUCGUGUUGAACUGACACCACCCGCGGAGGCUAUCCGUGACUUAUGGUCUUUCAUUUCCGAAACAGACAAAGCGACCGACACAGACAACUCAGUUCCGUGCCUGAUUUGUCGCGCGCAAUCGAGUCCGGAUGGAGAGAAUGAAUUGGUCUUGUUUAGUCGUUUAUUACGCAACACACGUCAUCACAACGUGGCUCGUGCAAAUAUGCCCCGCGAUUGUCGGUUCGUGUUGUUACCUGCUAGUCCAAUCAAGGAUCAGUCGGAGAACAACGCAUCUGUGGAAAGUGAACAGUCGGAUUCGACUCAGGUCCUACGACAGUUGCAAGCUAUUCGCGAGGAGAUUUUUAUUGAUUCGGAAACAGAAGUUGCCGAAAAGAGUUACCUGAAGUUUCGUCACUACAGUUGUGCCCGUGACUUUCUAAAGGCUGGGGUCACUCGUUCCCUUCCGUGGAUGGAAGCCUCACUGGAACUGGACUUCCUCAGGGAAUUGAAAACCAAUAGUGCCCUCGUCGAACGACUUCAACAAGCCGUUCGUCUCAGUGGGACCCCAUCCAACGUGCUCAGUAGUCGAGGUCUGCAACACGUACCCAACACCGUUCUCCGACGACUUGCUUCUGUUGGCCUGGGACGAACACGACUUAGUCGUUUGGCCGGUCUUACCGGAUGGCAUGGAUUUGCCGGCCUGUUGGCAUUUCGAUUUUGUCCCCCGUCUACAGCCAAGUCUCAGCUGCACGAUACAUAUUGCGAAAACGGGGGCAACGGAACAAAGCCGUUUGUUACGGACGAUUUGCAAGUGAUACAAGAUUUGUACACCUAUUUCCGUCGUAUUCACGGUCACAUGGACAGACACAAUCAACAUUACCGUGAAGAUAAAUCCAAGCCCAAAUCGUCCGUCCGUCGCAUUCUACCAACGCAUGCUGCAUCAUUCCCCGUGGUCGACAAUCCCACGCGUGUACACGCUUGGGUUGCUGGGGGUAACACCUUGUUUUAUCCGGAAGCCCCACGUCAACCACGGAUCUUAUCCGCUGAAGAAUCCAUGGAAUUGAUGCAGAAAGCACAAAAAGCUUACCAAGAGGCUCGAAUGAAUCGUGAAUUUCCCAGUUAUCCAACUAUUCCCCCGGAUUCCGAAAAGCUGUAUCGAUACCGCAAUAUCCACCGGGACUCAGAAAGUGAAUCGCAAAGCUCUGAAGAUGAGGAGUCUUCCGACCCCGAAGCAGGAGAUGACGACAUCGAGUCCGAAGAGUCGCUCCACAUGGAGGACGUGGACUGA